AUGCCGUCCAUUAGUGAGAUUGUCAAGGCACACAGGCCUGAGCUGGGACCGUACGAGGAGCUAUACAAGUGGUUCCACGCCCAUCCUGAGCUUUCGUUUCAAGAGAGGACCACGGCGGCAGCAAUCGUCAAACACUUGGAGAGCUUGAAUGCUUUUGAGAUUCAUCCCUCAAUCGGUGGCCACGGUGUUGCUGCUGUGCUGAGAAAUGGAACCGGCAAGACACUAUUGCUCCGCGCAGAUAUUGAUGCUCUGCCUGUGGAGGAAAAGACCAGCCUACCUUAUGCCAGCAAGGCACGUAUGAAGGAUCUUGAUGGCGUCGAGAAGCCAGUCAUGCAUGCGUGUGGUCACGACAUGCAUAUCACGGCUCUAUUGGGGGCUGCAGAGACCCUGGUCAAGGCAAAGGCGGAGUGGACUGGAACGCUGAUUUUGGUUUUCCAGCCAGCAGAGGAGAGGGCUAGGGGAGCGCAAGAUAUGCUUGAUGAUGGCCUAUAUGACAAAGUGCCAAAGCCAGACGUCGUAGUUGGUGCACAUGUCAUGCCUGAGCGUGCAGGUGUAAUCGGUACAAAGCACGGCUUGAUAGCCAGUGCAGCCGAUUCUUUCCAACUCAAGAUCGAAGGCAGGCAAGCCCAUGCCUCGACUCCGCACCGCGGCAUCGACCCCAUAGUUCAAGCAGCAUCCACCAUUCUCCGCCUCCAGACCGUGGUGUCCCGCGAAGUGGACCCCCUCGACUUCGCCGUCGUCACCGUCUCUGCCAUCCACGCAGGCGAUGCGGAGAACAUCAUUCCUUCAGAAGCCAACCUCAAACUCAACGUCCGCACCGCGCAACCCCAAACCCGCGAGGAUGUGUUGAAAUCCAUCAGAACCAUCAUCUCAGCCGAGGCAGCCGCAUCUUCAAACCCCAAUCAACCCAUCCUCACCGCAACCACCAAAUUCCCCUUUUUAUUCAACGACGCAAGCGUGACUGCUGCGCUCGAAAAAUCCUUCUCCCAGCAUUUUCCCGUCGGCCAGCAGGGUUAUCAGAAUGACAUUGCGCGACUGCAGGGCAGUGAGGAUUUCGGGCUGCUGGCGACGGCGAUUGGGAAGCCGAGUUGCUUCUUCUUGUAUGGCGGGACGGACCAUGCGGUCUAUGAUAAGGCGGAGAAGGAGGGUAGGAUGAAGGAGGAUAUUCCGGGAAAUCACAGUCCGUUUUUUGCUCCGGUGCUGCAGCCGACGCUCACGUGCGGUAUGGAUGGGUAUAUCGUUUCUGCAUUGACGUUCUUGGGUAAGGGAACAUGA